AUGAAAAAUGAUCUCUUGCCUGAAGAGUUAAAUGAAAGGGCAUUGGACCUAGCUAGUUCAGCUCCAAAUAAUGUUACUGGAUCUUCAUGCCAUGUAUUGCUUCGAAAAGCUGGAACCGCAUCAUAUGAUUUGCAAGGAUUGUAUUAUACUGAAUAUUUUCCUACCCCAAAGUUUGUGUUCAAAUAUUUUAGAGUUUUGUUUAGGAAUGCAAGUACAGUACACGAACUUUUGGACUGGGCUAAAAACACAACUGUUGAUAAUAAACCAACUUCAGCUACCAAUGACACUUCUGCUAGUUCAAGUUCACCAUUUGCAACUCCUAACGAUAAUAAGAGUAAUGUAGCUAUAAUUGUUGGAUCAGUUUCAGCCGGGAUCAAUGAAAAUGAAAUCAUCGGUAGUAGUAUUAUUGAUCUCACUAGAAAUAAUAAUACAUAUGGUAGUAAGACUGAACCUGCAAUAUUAUUAAAUUAA